CCUGAAUGAGUGACUGUGUCCUCCGUCCUGCCCAGAGCCAUAAAUCAUGCUGACAGUCUGUGAGAAAAACAAAGCUUCUUCCUCAAGAUGCAGACAGAGAAGGACGCUCCUUCCAACGGAAAAAGGAUCUACCACAUUUUUUCACUCGUCGUCUUUGGCUUCUUAAACUCAGGUGAGGUGGGAGCCGUGAACAUGACCAUCCCUAACGCUCUGAUCAGAGGCGCGGUCGGGGGGGAGGCCCUCCUGUCGGUCCGCUACAGCAGCUUCAGCCUCGACCUGCCGGUUAUCAAGUGGCAGCUCCAGAGGGAGAAGGCGGUCACCGUGGUCCAGUCCAUCGGAACCGACAUCAUUGGGACCCUGAGGCCUGAGUAUCAAGACCGGAUUCUGGUGUUUGAGAACGGGACCCUGCUUCUCCACAACCUCAGACUGUCUGAUGACGGGACUUACGACGUGGAGAUCUCCAUCACAGACGACAUCUUUACUGGAGAGGGAAGCAUCACACUCACUGUGGACGAGCCUAUAUCCAGGCCAUACAUCCACAUGGAGGCCUCAUCCGUCCUGGAGCUCAGCGAAAACUUUGUCCUUAACUGUUCUCAUGACAACGGGACCAGAACCACUUACAAGUGGUUUAAAGGUGGGAAACCCCUGGCCAAUGAAACACGAUUCGUCCUGUCACCUGAUCAGAAGUGCCUGACCAUCAGUCGAGUGUUGAUGACUGAUGAGGAUAUCUACAGCUGCGCCGUGGAGAACCCACUGGGCAACAUGACCAGCCUGCCAAUCAGACUGGCCGUGUACAGAAGAAGCUCAGUCUACAUCAUGCUUUCCACAGGAGGAAUCUUCAUCCUCAUCACCCUGGUGACAGUGUGUGCUUGCUGGACUCCUUCUAAAAAGUCAAGACAGGAAACUAGAAAGUCCAGGAUGUAUGGUCAUUCUCGUCAUACACAGCUUAAACAGAAAGAUGAUGUGCUUCCCAAAAUGACGGAGCAUAAUGGGAUAAAAGCAGUAACUUCCCUUUACGUCCUCCAACAAAAGGAACCCUCAUUGGACGACUCGUCCAGCAACAGCAUCGGGUCUCCUUCUGAACUGGACAGCCCUCCAUCCUACACAACUUUCCCCAACUACACAAACUCCCUUGUGCGGUCAGGUGGAACUCAAGCCGGCUCCUUCCGAAAGUGUGUCUGAAACUUCAUAAACUGUUCAUCAUACCAGAUGAAGGAACAGGUCAUUUGGUGCCUGCCUUCGUGCAAAACUUUAACUUUGAGUUUUUGUGAACUCAAUUAAAAAAAUGUGAGCAUUUUUUUUUUUUUUUAAAGAUCUGUUACUCAGCAUCUUGCAAAAGUAUUUGCACUGGUGGAGAUUUUUUUUUUACAUUUUUGCAAUGUCGCAGUUAGAAACUUUAGGGUGUUUUAUUGAGAUUUUAUGUAACAGACCAACACAAAGACCAGUGGUGUCCAAACUUUUCGCUGAGGCGGCCAAAACUCGCAAAUUUCAAUAAAUAAAGAAUGCAAAAAUUUGUUUAUUGUUAUGUGUUUAGAUUGACCUGCUCAAUAAUGAACAAAAUACUUAUGAAAUCUGUAUAUCAUUAAAGAUAAAAAAAAAAAGGUUUAGGACUGUUGCACUAUUAAAAGAAAGAGCUGAUUUCCACAUUUUUUGGGGAUAUCAGUUGUUUUCUAUUUUGUUGGCCAAAUUUUGAACAUUCUUGACUUGAAGUACAGGGACAAACAAAAUAAUUUGGCCAUACUUUGGGCACUCCUGUCCUGUAAUUGACUAAUUAAAGCUGCAGAUCGUCUGGGGUACGUCUCUUAACAACUUCUAGUAUAUUGAGAAAUUGCAUUUUUGGUAUUAUUCUUCAAAUAUAGUCCCAGGUUCUGUCAAAUAUGACGGAGAGCAACAUUUAACACUAACUUACAAGUUUAGCCAUGGAUUUGGGCUUUGAUUAGGCCGCUUAACACAUAAAUAUGCUUUGAUCUAAAUUAUAUCUCAAAUUUUCUGCAGCUUCGAACAGGCCUUCUUCCAGGAUUUUCUUGUAUUUAGUUACAUUUCCCAUCAAUUCAGACCAGCUUUCCUGUCCCUGCCAACAAUAUGUAUAUAUAUAUAUAUAUAUAUAUAUAUAUAUAUAUAUAUAUAUAUAUAUAUAUAUAUAUCCCCACAGCAUGAUGCUGCCACCACUGUGUGUCAUCAUGGGUUAAGAGUGGUGCAUGUACUGUUAGUCAUGGCUGCCAUGUUUUUAAAUGUUGAAAGUAGGACCAAAGUUGCAGGCAGGAACUUGUGGUAAGCACAAUGAAAGUCUAAUCAUUAAAACAGAAAACCUACAGAGCUUGCACAAGAAAAACAGGCAGAUUAACCUAUUAAUAAUAAAAUAAUAAUACACUUUAUUUAUACAGCACCUUCCAACAGCUUCUUGCAUUGACCAAAAUGCUGUACAAAGUAAAAUAAAUACAUACACAACAAAAUUAAAUAAGUGCUAGUCAAAAAUACAACCACAAUAAAAAAAAGGUGAAAAUAAUAUAAAAACUUACAGCCAGUGAGGCUGUAUACAGAGGAAAUGUUGGAAUGGUGUAUAAUUAACAAACAAUUAAGUUAAAAACCAAGGGAGGGACAUACUAACACCGAACUAGAGGAUAAACCGAAAUACAUAGAACAGAACGCAAGAAGAUAAUAAAUGAAUAUACAUGGCAAUGAGCACA